AGAAAAAAGGUGGGACAAUGUCGUGGAAGAGAGUAGGAUUGCAAAGCCACGCAAUCUCCGGUCAAAUCAGUGCCGGAAAAGAAUCAAAUUCCAGCCGCAUAAGUCAUUUGUAGCGUACGCGUUUCAAACACAUCCCACCCUGGACUGGAACACUUUCACAACCAACGCAUAUAGUAUAGUAUCAAUUGAAAAAGGAAAAGAUCACUGUCUCAGCAUUGACUCAAUCCUGUUCCGGCGCCGCGCCGUUCAUCUUCACCGUUCGAUCAUAGUCGGAAAAAUGUCAUGCAAUUGCCAAAGCGCGACUCCUACGAUUCGUACAGUCACCAUACCCUACUCCCACCUCAAAGAUAAGAAUGUUGAUUUGUCAGCAAAGAUUGAAGAAGGCUUUGGACCCAAUGGGUUGGGAAUCCUGUCAAUAUCAGACGUUCCUGGAUACUCUUCGUUGCGUCAAAAUCUGCUACGUCUUUCACCUAGAUUAGCCAGUCUACCUGAAGAUGUGAAGAAAGAACUCGAAGAUCCUAACAGUAGGUACAACUUCGGAUGGAGUCAUGGGAAAGAGAAGCUUGAAUCUGGAAAACCAGACAUAUUAAAAGGCUCCUUCUAUGCGAAUCCAAUAUUAGAUAGACCUACAACUGAUAUGGCCCUCGUUCAACGGUAUCCAUCAUAUUGUGGCUCGAAUAUAUGGCCGGAUAGGGCUCUUCCAGAACUUGAAGUGGCUUUCAAAGCUCUUGGGAAGCUGAUUCUGGAUGUGGGGUUAAUGGUGGCAUAUCAUAGCGAUAAAUAUGUAUCCAGAGGUAUGAAAAUGCACGAGGAUGAAGGUCUUGAACAGAUACUUAAUCGCUCUCGGUGUCAUAAAGGUCGCUUGCUUUAUUAUUUUCCUUCCAUUCAGAGUAUUUAUACUGAAGAUCAUGGCUCCAUGUCAUCUUGGUGCGGGUGGCAUACUGAUCAUGGUUCCCUCACAGGUCUUACCUGUGGCAUGUUUAUGAAAGAUGCUGUAGAAAUACCUUGCCCUGAUAGUGCUGCUGGCCUUUAUAUCAAAACACGAACUGAUCAAAUAGUCAAAGUGGUUUUCGGAGAAGAUGAAAUAGCAUACCAGAUUGGUGAAACCACUGAAAUACUAUCAAGAGGUCAUCUUUGUGCAACGCCACAUUGCGUCCGGGCACCUAAAGGGAAGGACGUUUCUGGCAUUGACCGUUCAACGUUUGCCCUAUUCAUGCAGCCUGAUUGGGAUGAAAAGCUUAAUUUUCCUGAGGUGGUCCAUAUCCAUCAAGAGCUGAUCUCAGCUCAUGGAUCUCUUACUUUUGGAGAGUAUACCGAAAAGCUCCUUGACAAGUACUACCACUUCAAAACUAAAGCUCCUACAGACUGAAAAACUCCAACAUAUGCAUUUGUACAGUUCCUGUAUAGGGGGGAGUACAACCUGCUGCAGACUAUCCACUACUUGUGAUGCAUACCUUCUUUUCUUUGCAUGAUUAGAUUCUUGGUUCCCAGUUUAUUUUCUCUGUUUUAUACCUGUUCAUGAACUACAUAUUAGACCUUGGGAAAGGAAAAUGUAAAGUUUCCCAGCUGCAGAAUCAGCUAGGCAAUAAAAGAAUUUCCAUUCAGAUUCUCA